AUGCAAUGGAUAGUUUCUGAAGAACCCCCUGCUCCCAAAGUGGAUGUUCCAUGCGUAGAGGAUCUUCUGUUAACGGAAGGUUACACAAGUGCGACCAAUAAAGUGCAGUGGCUUAAAACAAACCUCCGUGUAUCGAAGCAGCAGACAGAACAAGUGGCACAAAUGACAUGUGGUCAACGAACAAAUUAUCUUUGGGCUUUGGUUAAAAAAAAUCGAUUAACGGCAUCAAAUUUUGGUGUGGUACUAUCGGCAAUAAGAAGACAGAGAUUCCCACCAUCAUUAUAUAAGCAAAUCUUUUCCUCAUACAAUCUCUCGACAAAGGAUGCCAUAUUAUGGGGGAUCAGUAAUGAGUCAACUGCUAGGACAAAAUACUGUUCAUUUGGAGAUGCUAUUGUAGAAGAAACUGGUGUAUGGCUGCAUGAGAGUGGCAUAUUGGGAGCCAGCCCUGAUGGAAUUAUUCGACGUGCAGCGACACACAAUUACAACUACCAGGAUGUAGAAUUAACAGACCUACUCGAGUGCAUGGCUGUUAAACCAGAAGUUUUGGAGGUGAAGUGCCCAUUUAGUGCAAGGAAUAUGUCAAUUCCCGAGGCCAUAGAAUCUGUCAAAGACUUUUGCUUGGAUUACCAAAUAUAUGAAGGAAGGAAGUUCUACAAGUUAAAGGAGGGCCACAGAUAUUACGAUCAGGUGCAAGGACAGCUGCACAUACUUAACAGGUCAUCAUGUGACUUUGUAGUGUGGACUACGAAAGACAUAGCUAUUGUGAGAAUUCUUCAGGACAGCACCUGGACCCCAAAUAUGUCAAAACUCAUCGAUUUUUACUUUUGUAAAAUAAUCCCAAAUAUUGUUCAGGAAUGACAUUUGGUUAGUAUGACAUCAUAUAGGCAAUUUUGUAUAUUUGUACUGAUAUACGGUAGGUUUUUUAUGAGUGACUUA